AUGACCGAGGAAUAUGUUUUGCGGUGCGUCCUGAUGCUCUGCUGUGCGCUCCUCUCGGCCAACGCGAGUAACUGGCUGUAUCUGGCCAAGCUGUCGUCAGUGGGAAGCAUCAGGGACGAGGAGACCUGCGAGAGGUUACGAGGCCUCAUCCAGAGACAGGUCCAGAUCUGUAAGCGCAGUGUGGAGGUGAUGGAUGCGGUGCGUCGUGGAGCCCAGCUGGCUAUAGACGAGUGUCAGUUCCAGUUUAGAAACCGUCGAUGGAACUGCUCCACUCUUGAGACCAUGCCCGUGUUUGGCAAAGUGGUCACCCAGGGCACCCGUGAGGCAGCCUUUGUGUAUGCCAUCUCAGCAGCCAGUGUGGCGUUUGCGGUCACAAGGGCCUGCAGCAGCGGAGAGCUGGAAAAAUGUGGCUGCGACCACAAUGUACAUGGAGUCAGUCCAGAGGGGUUCCAGUGGUCGGGCUGCAGUGAUAACAUUGCAUAUGGCGUGGCCUUUUCCCAGUCCUUUGUGGAUGUGAGGGAGAGGAGUAAAGGCCAGUCCUCCAGUCGGGCUCUCAUGAACUUGCACAACAACGAGGCUGGCAGGAAGGCCAUCCUGUCCCACAUGCGUGUGGAGUGCAAAUGUCACGGUGUGUCAGGCUCCUGUGAGGUAAAGACCUGCUGGAAAGCCAUGCCGCCCUUCCGCAAAGUGGGCAACGUCAUCAAGGAGAAGUUUGACGGGGCCACUGAGGUGGAGCAGCGCAAGGUGGGCACCACCAAAGUCCUGGUGCCUCGAAACUCCCAGUUCAAACCUCACACGGACGAAGAUCUGGUCUACCUGGAACCCAGUCCAGAUUUCUGCGACUUUGACCCGCGCACGCCGGGUAUGCUGGGCACUGUGGGCCGCCAGUGCAACCGAACGUCAAAGGCCAUCGACGGCUGCGAGCUGAUGUGCUGUGGCCGCGGCUUCCAGACCCAGGAGGUGGAGGUGGUGGACAGGUGCAGCUGUAAGUUCCACUGGUGCUGUUAUGUCAAGUGCAAACAGUGUCGCAAAAUGGUGGAGAUGCACACUUGCCGGUGA